CUAAAUCAUCAUAACGGUAUAAACUGGUUUGACAAUAGUAGGACGAUAACUAAUAAAGUUGUCCCUUUACGACAACGUUUGUAGCGCAUAGUUAAGGAAACCGUACCAGAGGUCAUAUCGGAUCCAUCAGCGAUAGGAUAUUUUGUGGCACGAACGUGGUUCAAUCAUUGUGUACCGGCAAAAUACCGUUUUUGUAAUUAAAAAAUAUUUUUUGGUUAAAAAACCGUACCAGCAGAUUCAGGAUACCGUUUCAGAGUAAUACCGGAAUAUACCGGAUAACAAACCUGAAUAAACUAAAUAGGCAUAUGUAAUAUAACAAGCAACAAACUCUGCAACAUUACUGAAUUAACUACAUAAUCGUUCAAAUGCAUGUUUAGGAUCAAGUACAAACCAACAAAACAACAUUCUCGAACCACAAGUUCAAACAACAUUCUCAAACCAAACAACAUUUCCUUUUCGUUCAAAGUACUAAACAACUAAAAAGGUAAAAUUCUUACCUAUACCCGCCGUGUUCUUGUCUUGAGCAGUCACCAGUCUUCCUAGGCGGCGUGUUCUUCUUGAGCAGGGGAGGGAGAGGCGUGCCGGCUGGCCUGAGGAGGAGCAGAGAGGAGCGGGCGCCGACUAAGGAGGAGCAGCGGCAGAGCACGGAGCGCUGGUGGCUUUGCCGGUAGAGGAUUGCUGGUCACGACCUGAAGGGUCGGCGGUUCCUGGUCGCCAGAGGAGAAGAGGAGCGACGCCGCGACGGGGGUUCCUGCCUUCCAGGUCGCCAGCCGCUGGAAACGAAAGACUACUCUUUUAGUCUUUUUUCGUUUGGUUGAUUUAGGGUUUUGAGCAUUGGUCUCGACUGAUUUCAAAAAAAAAAAAUUUAUGCCAAAAACGACGUUGUUCCCUUCCCAUAAGCCUACCCCAGUUAGAUCAAAACCGGGCGGUAUUUCGCAUUGUGUCGGUUUAACCGGAAAAACUGGACGACACGGUUUUCUUACCACCAAUAACCUACUAUAUCGCCCAGGGUUCGAUUUCUGAUUUUACCGGUUCAACCGGCUGGUACGAUCCGGUUUCCUUUGCCAUGGCGUCCCGCCUCAAGGAGUUGAAAAAAGCUGGCAAAACCGAACCUCGUCUGGACAGGCUGUUUGUGUUUCGAUGCUUAGUCAGCCAGGGGCGCGAGUAUGAAAUCCCCCCCAAGCCCCAAAGGCCCAAACCAUUCGGAUCAUUUCCCAAGUACACCCCUCGCGAUUUCGACACCUGAUGGAGGGUGGAAUCGUCAUUUAACCACAUCACUCGUCAUAUUCGCCCACAACUCCAGAAGACAAGACAUCACCUCUUCACCGGAGCCAAACCCGAAACUUCCCCCGCGUUCUUCUCCUUUUGCCCCUGAAAGUGACCAGAUCUAACCCAAAAAUUUCAAAUUCAGCUACCUUAAAGAACCCUAAUUUCCCCCUCCAUUUUCGAAUCAUUUCCUCCUAUUCGCGGGUUCCUCCGUCGUAAUCUCUUGAUCGGUUGCGGUGUCUUCUUAGAGUCCGGAGAGAGCUGAUUAAGCAAGGAUGGGCGAUUUCAAUCUCGCCCUAAUAAUCGUCGCUAUAGUGGUGUGCGUCAUCGUCUUCAUCUUCAAUGUCUACCUUCUGGUUAAUUACCAACACCCGGAUGACAAGAACCAAGCUUACUUCCCCAAAUUCGUGGUCGUUUUCGGCCUCUCCGUCGCCGUCAUCUCCAUACUGAUGCUGCCGGCCGACGUCGCUAACCGGCAGGCCUGUCGCCACGCGAUAUACAAUGGUGCCUGUAGUCUCACUUUGCCAAUGAAGGAUCUCUGGAUCGCUGUCUAUAUCAUCGACGCUGUGCUGGUCUUCUUCAUCAUCCCUUUCGCUAUGUUUUACUACGAGGGGGACCAAGACAAGACUGUGGGCAAGCGGAUUAAGAGCGCACUGAUGUGGGUGAUAACGACAGCCAUUGUAUGCGCGCUUCUGCUUGGCAUCUUAUAUGGGCUAGUUGGAAAGGUGGAUUUCACAGUUAGGCAUCUUUCCUCGACCACUACAAACUUUCCUACUUCGUGGAGUUUCUCCACAAGUCAACCAUGUGUCGGAAAUAAUGCUCGCCAGUGCUCAGCAUAUCUUGCCAAUGCCGCUUCAGAGAAGACUUGGACUAUGCAAACCACAUUUCCUGAAUAUGUUGUUGCACUUGCUACAAUAGCUGGAUCUGUGCUUUUCUCGAUAUUUGGUGGCGUUGGCAUUGCGUGUUUGCCUCUGGGACUCAUUUUUUCAUUCAUCCGGCGACCAAAGGCUGUUAUCACGCGUUCACAGUACAUUAAGGAAGCAACAGAGCUUGGUAAAAAAGCAAGAGAUCUUAAGAAGGCAGCUGAUUCACUUCAUCAGGAAGAGAGAGGUGGUGCUAAGGGGAGAAAAUGGCGUAAAAAUGUUAAGGCAGUUGAGAAGGAAUUGCAUCAGUUGGAAGAAGAUGUAAAGUUGCUUGAAGAGAUGUACCCUCAAGGAGAAAAGGCCGAGACUACUUGGGCUCUCACUAUACUUGGUUAUUUGGCAAAACUUGUGCUGGGAGUCUUGGGGUUGAUUGUCUCAGUGGCUUGGAUUGUGCAUAUUAUCAUAUAUCUACUGAUUGACCCUCCACUUUCUCCUCUCCUCAACGAGGUUUUCAUUAAGUUGGACGACGUGUGGGGUCUUCUUGGUACUGCAGCAUUUGCUUUCUUUUGCUUUUAUCUUCUCCUUGCUGUGGUGGCUGGUGCAAUGAUGCUGGGGCUCAGAUUAGUUUUCAUCACAAUCCAUCCCAUGAAGUGGGGCGCAACUCUCAUGAACUCAUUCCUUUUCAAUGUGGGACUCAUUCUCCUGUGCUCGAUUAGUGUGAUCCAAUUUUGUGCCACGGCUUUUGGGUAUUAUGCACAAGCAACUGCAGCUCAAGAAAUUUUUGGCCACACUUUGCAAUCUCUUCGUGGGAUAAAAUAUCUUUACAAGUACAAUGUGUUCCAAAUCGCAUUCAUUGUUCUUGCGGGUUUGACUUUCGUAUAUUACGCUGCCUUUGGAUGGAAAAGGAAAAAACCUAGUGGCAGGUUCCAACUCUCGAGCUGAAGCAUGUUCUGAUCAUCAAUGCGAGUGCUACCUUGGACUGGUCAGUGGAAUCUGUCUCUUUGUUUUCCGGCGUGGUGUUUUUCCGUAUUUGGUCUUGUCUACCGAGCAAGUAAAGAAUCUGAGCGUUGAAGAGAGAUUUGCAGAUAUGGUUCGAAUUAGGUUGCCGGGGGAGCUUUAGAAGGGGGAAAUUGUGCUGGUUUCCUUGCUAUCUGUUUUUUUUUCUCUCGUGGUUUUGCUGCUGCCUUUUGUUCAUGCUCUGCUCAUUUUGUAUGUAUUAUCAUUCUUUUGUAACGGAUAAUAUACAUGUUAUAUACGC